GUGAAAAUCUUGUCGUUAUCUGUUUGACUGUAAAUAUCAAAUAGACGAGAAUUUAUAAAUAAAGAGAGAGUUUCAAAUUAGAAGAGAAUAGAAGCUUGAUGAUAGAAGCACAAGACCAGACAAGACAGUAAGGAAUAGGAUUCGGUUGAAUCUGGUUGCUAUGCCUGUUGCACCUGCUGCUGUUAUCGUCCCAUUGGGUCUCCUCUUCUUCACUUCUGGCCUCAUCGUUAACCUCAUUCAGGCAAUAUGCUAUGUUAUUGUACGGCCAGUGUCGAAGAAUUUGUACAGAAGGAUCAACAGGGUAGUAGCAGAAUUGCUAUGGCUGGAACUUGUAUGGCUCAUUGAUUGGUGGGCUGGGGUUAAGAUCCAAGUAUUCACAGAUCAUGAAACCUGUCGUUUGAUGGGCAAAGAGCAUGCGCUUGUCAUAUCCAAUCACAGAAGUGAUAUUGAUUGGCUUGUUGGAUGGGUUUUAGCUCAGCGUGCAGGUUGCCUUGGCAGUUCCCUUGCUGUGAUGAAGAAAUCAUCAAAGUUUCUGCCGGUUAUUGGUUGGUCUAUGUGGUUUUCAGAGUAUCUCUUCCUCGAGAGAAGUUGGGCCAAGGAUGAAAGCACAUUAAAGUCAGGCCUACAGAAACUGAGGGAUUAUCCUCUUCCCUUUUGGUUGGCUCUCUUCGUUGAAGGAACUCGCUUUACCCAGUCCAAACUAUUAGCUGCUCAGGAGUAUGCAACCUCAACUGGAUUGCCUGUUCCUAGAAAUGUUUUGAUUCCAAGAACUAAGGGGUUUGUCGCAGCAGUAAGCCAAAUGCGCUCAUUUGUUCCUGCCAUUUAUGAUGUAACGGUGGCAAUUCCCAAGAGUUCACCUCCUCCUACAAUGCUAAGACUGUUCAGGGGGCAACCUUCAGUGAUGCAUGUGCAUAUUAAGCGGCAUUCAAUGAAGGAUCUGCCAGAAGAAGAUGAAGCUGUUGCUCAAUGGUGUCGAGAUAUAUUUUUGGCGAAGGAUGCUUUGUUAGACAAACACAUAGAGGACGACAAAUUUAGUGAUCAAGAGUUGCAGUAUACUGGUCGACCAAUAAAGUCUCUUCUGGUUGUCAUAACAUGGGUUUGUCUGAUUGGUGUGGGGUUUGUGACGUUCCUCCAAAGGUGUUCACUACUAUUCUCGUGGAAGGGUGUUGCAUUUUCAGCACUUGGUUUGGCAGUUAUUACUCUCCUCAUGCACAUCUUGAUCCAGUUCACACAAUCUGAGCGUUCAACCAAUGCUAAGGUUGCUCCUACAAAGCCCAAGAACAGGGGAGAAGACAAACAAAACUAGAUCACACACGUUACCCAAAUAUUCUAUAUACAAAGAUAGGACAUUCUUCUGAGAUGUGAAUGUUAAUGAACUUAGAUUUGCAUUAUGUGUGUUUAAGGGACUGACGUAAAUUGUUUUGGCUUUGAAAACUCACCUCGCCUAUGCAUUCAAUUCUUCUUUGUAUUAUGUAUGCAUAUCGAUUCAUUAUUUUCAAAUUAAUUAGGAUUAAUUUGUAAAGAUAAUAUUUUGAAAAGUCCUACCUAAUAUCGCAUUUUUCUUGUG